UCUGCGACAAGCUCUCGGCGUUUGGCUGAGCCGUGUUGCUGGGGCCGGGAGACCUUUCACCCCUGCUUUCCCUACCCGCACACCGUCGCCCCCUCCCGCCCCUUCACACACACACACACACCCUCACUCACACACGCACACUCCCUCCCUUUCUCUCUCCCGCCCUCCCUCGGCUAAGGCAGCGGUGGCUGGGAGGCGGCAGCGGCGGCGGCGCUGCUGAGAGGCGCGGACCCGAGCGCGAAGUGUGUGGGAGUCUACGAACUCACCCCCUCUCCGCCCCCCCUCCCCUGCCAUCCCCCUCCCUCCCUCCCCGCCAGCGCCCCCCCCCCUCCCCCGAAGCGGGAGAGAAAUAAUGAGAGAGUCGGAGCGGCAGCGGCGGCAGCAGCAGCGGCAGCGGCGGCAACAGCAGCGCCGAGCAACCCAGGCUCUAGCAGAACCGCUCCGGCAGCAGCAGCAGAAGCGGCAGCGACAGCAGCAGCAGCGGCGGCGACAGCAGCAGCAGCAGCGGUAGCAGCAGCGGCGGCGGCGGCGGCAGCAGCAGCAGCAGCAGCAGCAGCGGCAGCAGCAGCAGCAGCGGCAGCGGCAGCAGCAGCAGCAGCAGCAGCAGCAGCAGCGGGAGCGAGGAGCUCAGUGCUAGAAAGAGCCCAGAAAGAGGGGCAGCGAGACAGCGCCAAUCCGCUCCAUCUCUUGCCCUCCUUCUCAGCCCGCCGGCUCGCUAGCUUUCCCACCAGCCUCAUCUCUCGACCGCACUCUUCCCACCACCCACCGCCUCCUUUCUUCCCCUCCUCCCUCUCAUUCACUCUUUCACUCACUCGCUCCCCUCCUCUUCCCUCCACCCCCCACCAUCCCCGUCUCUCUCCCACUCACUCUUCCCCCUCCACCUCUCUCCUCCUCCUGUUUCCCAUUCACUCUUCCCACUCUCCUCUCUCAACCUCCUCUCUGCUUCCUUCUCCCUUUUCUUCUUCUCUCUUCUUUUUCACCUUCUCUCGAUCUCUCUCAUCCCACCUCUCUCCCUCCCCUCCCUCCCUUCCUCCCUUCUAUUCCCCGGGACUGACUCCCUUCUCCUGACUCUGCACUGCAGCUGAGCCCUCCCCUCCCCAGUGAGAUUCGACCCGCGUUUCUUUCUUUUUUUUUUUCUGAAAGAAAUUUCAAUUGAGAGGAUUGAAGGGAAAGGGGAGGGGAGAGAAGAAAAGAAGGAAGAAAAAGAAGAAAAGAAAAAUCCUGGUAUUAAAAAGCAAACAAACAAACCAAACAAAAACUCAGUAAUUAAAAAAAAAAAACCUAACACCUCCCUCUUCCUCCUCUCCCCCUCCCCCGAACGCGGAAAAAAAAAAGAAAGAAAGAAAGAAAGAAAGAAAGAAAAGAAAAGAAAAAGAAAAGAUCAGACAAGCCAGGACAAAAGGGAGAACAUUCUCCCCUGAGCAGCAGCGGCAACAGCAAACAUGAUGGCGGCAGCUCCCAUCCAGCAGAAUGGGACCCACACUGGGGUUCCCAUAGACCUCGACCCGCCGGACUCCCGGAAAAGACCGCUGGAAGCCCCCCCUGAAGCCGGCAGCACCAAGAGGACCAAUACGGGCGAAGACGGCCAGUAUUUUCUAAAGGUACUCAUACCUAGUUAUGCUGCUGGAUCUAUAAUUGGGAAGGGAGGACAGACAAUUGUUCAGUUGCAAAAAGAAACUGGAGCCACCAUCAAGCUGUCUAAGUCCAAAGAUUUUUACCCAGGCACUACGGAACGGGUGUGUUUGAUCCAGGGAACAGUUGAAGCAUUAAAUGCAGUCCAUGGCUUCAUUGCUGAGAAGAUUCGAGAAAUGCCCCAAAAUGUGGCCAAGACAGAACCAGUCAGUAUUCUACAACCUCAGACCACAGUUAAUCCAGACCGCAUCAAACAAACAUUGCCAUCUUCCCCAACUACCACCAAGUCCUCUCCAUCUGAUCCCAUGACCACCUCCAGAGCCAAUCAGGUAAAGAUUAUAGUUCCCAACAGCACAGCAGGUCUGAUAAUAGGGAAGGGAGGUGCUACAGUGAAGGCUAUAAUGGAGCAGUCAGGGGCUUGGGUGCAGCUUUCCCAGAAACCUGAUGGGAUCAACUUGCAAGAGAGGGUUGUCACUGUGAGUGGAGAGCCUGAACAAAACCGCAAAGCUGUCGAACUUAUCAUCCAGAAGAUACAAGAGGAUCCACAGAGUGGCAGCUGUCUCAAUAUCAGUUAUGCCAAUGUCACAGGUCCAGUGGCCAAUUCUAAUCCAACCGGAUCUCCUUAUGCAAACACUGCUGAAGUGUUACCAACUGCUGCAGCUGCUGCAGGGCUCUUAGGACAUGCUAACCUUGCUGGAGUUGCAGCCUUUCCAGCAGUUUUAUCUGGCUUCACAGGUAAUGACCUGGUGGCCAUCACCUCUGCACUUAAUACGUUAGCCAGCUAUGGAUAUAAUCUCAAUACAUUAGGUUUAGGUCUCAGUCAGGCAGCAGCAACAGGGGCUUUGGCUGCAGCAGCUGCCAGUGCCAA